AUGUCGAAUCGAGCAUCCAUGGAGAUCCACGACGAAGCAGCAGACAACCCUCGCCAGUUGCACAAUAUCGGCGAGGAAGAGCUCGACCCUCAUAUCUACGACGACAAGGGCGAUCCUCAUCGCACCGCGCUGGAGGACAGCAAUGCCGACGGCAAGGUGUCCCGAUCGACCAUCGUGGCCAUAUUCUUUCUAUCUUUCACUGUGCAUCCGGCUUUGAGUUUCACUCUGCUGACAGUCUUCCCCAUCGCCAAUAGGAUUGGAUUGGAGUUGCAGGGUGGAACUCAAAAUGUUGGCUGGAUGGCCUCCGGUUGGUCAAUUGCAGGCAGCGUUGCGUUUGCAAUCGCCGGCCAACUCAGUGACUACUUUGGUAGGCGCAAUAUCAUUCUCUCCGGCCAGACUCUAUUAAUCAUUGGCCACAUCGUUGCCGCUACUGCACAAAGUGUGAACCAAUGUAUUGCCGGCAUGGUCAUUCUGGGAACCGGGACAGGUACUAUGUUUGUUGUGUACCCUAGUAUAUCUGAACUGCUACCCAACCGUUACCGAUCUAUCGGAGUAGGCUUCACUGAUUUCUGUUUACUACCUUUCAGCACAUUUGGGCCUCUUAUUAGUCUGUGUCUACAAGAACGGGCCACCUGGCGCUGGGUCUUUAUCCUAGGUGUUAUCACCGGCGUGAUUUCCUUAGUAGGAACAGCUAUCUUCUACACACCACCAUCGCGACCACUAAUGGAUCGCACCCGCCUUCAGAUUCUGCGUGAGCUUGAUUAUCCUGGUAUCUUUUUAUAUAGUGCUGGUCUCACCCUCUUCCUUCUCGGUCUUGGAUGGGCUGGGAUAACUCAACCGUGGAAGAGCGCCGCCGUGCUGGUACCGUUGAUUUUGGGGUUUGUGAUUUUUACACUGGCCUUUGUCUGGGAUUUCGGGGGCUAUGCCAAACGGCCAAAUUUCCCAUACCACAUCAUGUCGAAGGUCCGCGAGUAUACCAUGUUGUUGAUUCUCAUCUUCGUGGUCGGCCUCGUUUACAUCUCCAUGACUGACUUGAUCCCCGCGAACAUCGCGGCUGUGUACACCAGCGACGGUAUCAAGGCCGGAUACUACAACAUCCCAGCUGGGUUCGGCGGCUCGAUUGGAGGCGUGGUGCUUGGUACAUUUGCCUACCGUAUUCGCCAUGUCCACUGGCAGCUGGCGGUGGCCGUCGCCAUUCAGACUAUUUUCACGGCCCUGCUCGCUCUCAGCACCCCCAACCGACUACCACUGGCGUUGGUCUGUCAAUUCUUCGCCAAUCUGCCGUUUGCAUGGCUUACCACGUGCUGCUAUCUCACUGCGAGUAUUCACGUGCCUCAGAGAAAUAUUGGCUUAGCUCUUGGCCUUUUAGGCACAUUCCGAUUCCUCGGCGGCGCCAUUGGCACCACGAUCUUCACAACGAUAUUGAACAACAAAUCUACCCCGGCAAUUCUCAGCCGAGUCACAGAUGCCGUGGUGCCACUAGGGUACCCGUCCAGUGAAAUCCCAAGUCUUAUUUCCUACUUGUCGGCCAGUGGCUUAUCUGCAAAUCUGACCGUCGACGCAUCAGCCCAUGUAAUCGAUGCUGCGAAGAAAGCUAUUCAAUGGGGGUGGAGCGAUGCGUACAAGAUAGUGUGGCUGUCCACCAUUCCGUUUGGUGUCAUUGCGUUUAUUGGGGCGACCUUCGUGCGCGACCCUUCCCCGUAUUUGACGAACCAUGUCUCUGUCACAUUGGAGAAGGAGCGGUUGAAUGUGAAGCAAACGCACAGCAGUGUAGUCGAGUCUGACAGUGUGGAGAAGUCUGGAAGUCAGGUUGUAUAA